CAUUAACUGGAUAGUAGCCACUGAGAUCUUGUUGGACUUGGGAUCCACGAGGCUGGGAAAGAACCUAGCUAGCUAGGCUCAUGGCCGCUUCUUGUCCGCCAUCUCUUUGCGCGAAUCGCGUGAAGUCUUGGCUGACAACAUGUCCGAUGUCGACUUUGACGACGAUGAUUUCUUGAUGGAUGAUUCAUUCUUGCGCGAGGUCGAUACGAUAGAGGCGAAAGCCAUUGACCCUAUUCAUCCUUCUAAACAAUUGAAUGGUGGAGCUUCGAAAGGAUGGAGUGGACCUCGAAACAAUGUGGCUUCGGGCUCGAGGACUCGUCCAGCUGGACCAACUCCUUCAACGCGUGCCGAGGCUAUCAUUCCAUCCUCAGACGAUUUCGAUGAUUUCUCCAUGGAUACAGAUGCUCUGCUGGCGUUGGAUCUCCCUCAAGCCCCUUCUUCACGGCCGAACUUGUCGUCGAAGCUAGGUCAAGCUUCGCUGGCUCCUCCCGCCCUCAAUGGUGCACUGGCUAUCCCAUCUUCGCGUUUAGGAAUGAGACGGUCGAACAGCUCGACGAGUAAAGACAACUUGUUCCAGGUUCACCUGAACUUCCGACGUGCCGAUCAGACGACAAAAGGCAAAAGAUGGGAUAGAACGGUAUUUGCAGAGAGCGGACGAAGAAUAGAUGCUGAGAGAGCAAAGAAAAAGGGCAAAUACAAGGCUCGGAAUUGGGCAAAGGAGGAUGAUGACGAUGAGGAUCUGGACGAUGAUGAUGAUGAAGACGAUGAACCACUAGUACCGGGACCUAGGCCUCUAGUCGAUACGAGUGCUCCUUACGGUCCUCAGAAACACAUGCCACACCCUACUACCAUGGAGAAUUAUAUCUACCCCACGAAUAAGCCCAAGCGGGACUAUCAGUGGGAUAUCAUUCGGGCUUGCUUUACCGAUAAUUGCCUAGUUGCGUUGCCGACUGGUCUUGGAAAGACCUUCGUUGCAGGUGUCGUGAUGCUCAAUUUCUACCGAUGGUUCCCGACUGGGAAGAUUGUCUUUUUGGCUCCUACAAAGCCGCUUGUCAACCAACAGAUUGAGGCUUGUCAGAUGACCUGUGGGAUUCCCAGCUCUGCCGCAGCUGUGAUGACAGGUCAAAGUGUGCCGGCAAGGGAGCGGGUCAAGUUAUGGGCCGACCGGAGGGUGUUCUACUGCACACCACAGACUCUGGACAACGAUCUGAAAACAGGCGCCAUCGACCCAAGGGAUAUCGUUCUUGUCGUCUUUGACGAGGCUCAUAAGGCUUCGGGAUCAUAUGCCUACACUACCAUCCUCGCCUAUAUCACUGCCCAGAAUCCAUACUUUAGAGUUCUGGCCCUGACUGCCACGCCCGGUGCAGACGUUCCGCGCGUCCAAGCUGUCGUCGAUGCCUUGCACAUCAGUCGGAUAGAAAUCAGAGAGGCAGAAGAGCCAGAGAUCAGAAAAUAUAUGAAUGAGAAGCGGACUGAAAAGCAUACUGUUUUCAUGGGCGAAGUCAUCGAGGGAUUUAGGGAUCGUUGGGCAGCGCUGAUGCGUCCCUACGUCCAAAAGCUAGUCGACAAGGACAUCCUGAACGAACGGGAUCUUGAUGUCAAGCGGCUCAAGCCAUUCCGAUUGACUGCAAAGCGAAUGGAGAUCGCAAGAGACCGCCAUUCGUCAUUGAAAUGGUGCUUCGGAUCGUUGCAGGCACUCGAGAAGAUGGCUCGUGCCAUGGGACAUCUGCUCGAAUUCUCCUUGGGCAUGUUUCACACCACCUUGCAAGAUAUUGCCGGUGGAGUCAAUGCCAAUGGGAAGAAAGCAUCCACCAAGGGCAACUCGAACGCAUUGCGGAAUAAUUACGAGUUUACCAGACUGUUGCGCGACGUCGAUGCCGAGAUGAACAGCAUUCGGAUUGGUCAGCGAGGCAAGACCAGAGCAGAUCGACAUCCGAAAAUGGUCAAGACCCUGGAACUGCUGAUUCAUCACUUCACUGAAGCUCAAGAGGAUGAAGAGGUCCAUGGAGUCAAGAACGAUACUAGGGCUAUGGUGUUUUGCUCCUUUCGAGAAUGUGUCAUGGAGAUUGUGGAAAUGCUGAAUGACCAUCCUGGGCUGUUGCGAGCUACGAAAUUCGUCGGCCAGUCACAAGGUAAACAGGAAGCAGAUAAGGGUUUCAACCAGAAAGAGCAGAAGAAAACUAUCGCCGACUUCAAGGAGGGCAAAUUCAAUGUCCUUGUGUCCACAUCGAUUGGUGAAGAAGGGCUCGACAUCGGUGAAGUCGAUUUCGUCGUCAUCUAUGACAUGCCGAAGCAGUCUAUCAAACUGCUUCAGCGGAUCGGUCGAACCGGGCGAAAGAGGGACGGCAAAGUUCACGUCCUCAUGUCAGAAGAGAGAGAAGACGCCAAUUGGGACAAGGCCCAAAGAAGCCAUCGAGACAUUCAAGAGGAGAUUCUCCACUCGCGAAAUCUCGAGCUGUUUGAGGAUGUUGAACGAUUGCUGCCAGGUCCGGAACUCCCAGAGUGUCUGGAACAACUCAUGCCUGUCGACCCAUGGGACCCAGAAGAUCAAAAGUUGAAGAGAAAACUGCCAUCUGCCUCCAAGGAGAGGACCUCGCCGGCCAAGAAGAAGCACCGAGGUCAUGAGAUCCCUGAAGGUGGCCACGAGGGUUUCAGAUCCGUAGCGGAGCUCUUGAAGGAAUCUGGAAAGGCCGGGAAAAUAGAGGUCACCGUCAACGGGAUGACGAGGGGUAAAAUCCCCACCAAGAGAUCUGAUGCGCCGGUUGCACCGUCCGCGGACGACUCAGAUGAAGAUGUCGAGGAGAACCAUGAGCUCCUGUACGGUGCGGUCAAGCCCAAAGUCACGUCUCAGUCACGGAGGACUGCAGCGAAAGUCAAGAAAGCUGGACCCAGAGGUGCUGUCAGGAAGAGCAAUUCGUCUCGUACUACUCAGCGAGAUGCCAGUAUCGAUAGGCUGGACGAGGAAGAGAAAUCAAGGAAGGCCAAACGAGACGAGCUGAAUCGAUCAGCAUUGGACUUUUUCAACGUUGACCCGUCGUCUGCAUUUCAUCGGCGCGAUUGUUCACCUCUGUUCGCUAGUCCGCCAAAUUCCCCACUCUUUACCCCCAAUGAGAAUCGGACCAAGGCUGUCGCCCAUGGUUCACCUGAUGUUGAGUCUUCCCCGGUUAUUCCGCUGGCCAAGCAGAGGCGACACGCUAGCGAGGCAGGAUCUGAACUCGCUCGCCCGCAGAAUGCAGGGACAAGACUGCCCUCCAGUCUCGCUGCUGCUGCUGGUUUCAGCCAAAUCGAUGCGAUCGAUCUGAGCUGGGACAACGAUGAAGACGAAGCAAUUUGCCAAACCGUGGCCUCAGGUUUGCCUCGUGGAGCGAUUCUGCCUCCCUCCUCGCCUGAUGUCCCGACUGAAAUGGCUCUUCCUCAAUCAUCUCGUCAAUCCGAGACACUCGUUGCUCAUCCUCGCCGACGUAUAAUGGGCAUCUCUCGGCCGAAACCAACUCAAACGAAGAGUAUGGACAUCAUGCCUCCUCCGCCUAUCCCGAAAUCCUCACCCGAUACUUCUCCUGUGGACCCCACUCAAGUUAUUCGUAGGCCCGGCGCUCGUCGCCGGGCUCCAAUUGUGCAUUCUUCCGAUUCCUUGAGAGAACAGGACUCGCCGUUCGUCCCUGCUACUCAUGUUCGGAGACCGCCAGCACUGAAUCGAUCGCCUGAGCAUGGCCCGUCCAGUCCGAUUCGUCGACCCGGACGGCGUCUUCCGGAUCGUGCGCACGCGGCUCAAGUAAAGGGCUAUCUCGACGUUGACGCAGAAGUGUCUGGGUCAGAUUCGUCAGACGAACCAUCCACAGAUGAAGAGACGGAAUCUGAUCGCCUUUUCGCGGGGCAAGACUUUGCCCCUACUCAAGCUCCAAAAGGAUACAAUCAACGUGCUGUAUACGCUGCUGGCCUUUCUACUCAAGCUGCACCGCGUGCAGGUCUACAGUUCAAGACUAGAGGUGACAAGAAUGCGUUCAUGGCCAAGGCGAGGAAGCCCGUCCUUGUCACGGAUGACGAGAGGAGUGAUCUGAGUGAGAACGAGUACGAGCUAGGCAGCUUUGUGUGCAACGACGAGGAUGUUUCGUUUAACACACAGAGCGACCCAAUGUCCGGCCGGUGAUACCCACACUUGGACGCACAACCGGUGCCUUCUCAUGAAAACAGAAUCCUGUAUCACAGUACCUUGGAGGCUCUCAUACGUGCUCCUGGCGAGCUGAAUAGAGAAGGAUGCUCCGAUGUGAUCUAAUGCAAAGAGGGGAUCUUUGGAGAAACCUGGACGUAGCCUUUUGCUGAAGUUAAUACU